AUGAGAAAAGCAGUAUCAAAAAUAAUACCAAAUGGGCCUCCCAGGUUCCUACAGAGUGGGUCAUUACUAUCAGGAGACACAAACUUCAAGUAUAAACUCGAUUUCAACUCUGUAGAUGAGUUUUACAUUCUGCUAGCGGAUCCCCAUAGAUCUUGGGUUCCAGGAGACGAGGUAUCGGGGCAAAUAAUAUUUAUAUCCAAAAAGGAUCUUGCAAACAUAGUAAUAACGUUGUCCUUGAUAGGGAGUGUGAAGAUAAAUGCAUCAUCACAUUCUAAAUUACGACCAGUUAAAGAACUAUUAUUUCAUCACACAAUAAAAAUUUACGGAGACGAAAAUAGUGCCAAUAGUAACGACAACAACGUGGAAGAAUUCGGUAAUGGAUUGUUUAAAGGCGAACAUAGAUUUCCCUUUAUUGUUAAGUUGCCCAACAAGCGAGUAUUUACUAGUAUUGAUUUUGGGAAGGGCUCAAUUAAAUAUUCAUUAAAAGCUGCGGUCGGGAAUGUAUCAUCAUUUGCAAAUGAUAGUCCGGCAGUUUCUCCAUUGUCGGACAGCAAUAACAGCAAUAAUAAUACAACAAAGAAUAAUUUUAUUCUGAAGACCAAAAAUUUGAACUUUCAUAAUUCGGUCUACACGUCCGAAAAGAUCAUUACUUUGAUAAACCCGAUAGACGUUUCCAAAUUGCCUAGAUCCAAACCUAAAAGAUUAAUUAUAAAAGACCCUCGUCUAAGUAAGAAGUUAUCCAGAACGCAGUCAUCCACAUCAACAUUGAACACAGUGAAUACCUUCAAUACCUUGUCCUCGAAUAAUUCAGACACAACAACAAAUGGUGAAUUUCAUUCGAAUAGUAAUACACCUGGUAAUAGUGCUUCUCACUCGAAUUCCAAUUCGCCAUUGAAUGGGCCAGAUAAGACUAGACCGCAGGUUAUUAAGGUUGCGCUUGAGAUUCCUGAAAGGGGUUUUCUUAGAGGAGAAUUGAUUCCGAUAAAACUUAAUAUUAAUCAUACAAGAAAAAUUCAAGACUUGAAUGGCAUUAUUGUUACCUUUGUUAGAGUUUGUAGACUUAGCAAUGGUCAUGAGAAUAUGGUUGAAUCGUUCAGAAAAGAUUUACAGCAACUGGUUGUUCCAUUGUAUGUUGACCCAAAUACAUUUCAAUCUGAAAUCAAUACGAAUCUAAGAGUCCCAGCGGAUGCAUUUCCUACAAUUUCAGGGUGCCCUCUAGUUUCAUUUCAAUAUUUCAUUGAAGUAUUGAUUAAUCUAUCGGGUAAAUCUCUAGUUCUAGAUAGCAGUAACCACCACAAGCCAAGCAUAUCUACAGAUGAGGCAAAUCAUUCAUUAUUGGAAAAUCCUUCUAGUGAUUUGAAAUAUAAAUUUAACUUCAAUUCAAAUGCAUCCAUGAAUCACAAUGAAAGAUCGGGGUUCAUCAAUACCGAUAAAUAUAAAAGAAUGAAAAAAUUCCUCCUUUUAACAACUGAAGUAAUAAUUGGAACUAAUCGUCUGAAUGAGCGACUAGCAUACACUUCUAACGAGCAAUCCAAUGAGCUAGUAAAUGAAAAUCUCCAUUCUACUUCUCUGACUUCGAGAAAAUCAUCAUCUGUUUCUGGGUCUAAUGAUUCCCCCUUAUUGUUCAAUCAAAAUGGGUCUACACCACCUUCGCAACAAAGCCAUCAACAACCAACAAGCUUUAACCCACUCUCAGAGACUAUACCGGCUACUCAUUUUUCUACACCACCUUAUUUUGAGAGCCAGCAAGAUUCACCUUUAAAUAUUGCUGACACCCCUAUUCCAGGCUAUGAGGAAGCUUCAAAUAAUUAUCAUCAUGAUUCAAGUUUGGCACCAGUUCAAAUGCCAACAAAUCAACAUUUAUCAGAGAAAGAGCAAAUGAGAGCACGGGAGGCUAGCUUAUUACCAUCUGCACCGCCUUUAGAUGAUGCAGAAGAAGCAGAAACAAUCAGCCCAAUUGAUAGGAAUAAUGAAAUAUUAGAAAAUAUAGAGGAGGUGGGCGAAGAAACGAAUCAAUUGAAUAAUGAUUCAAAUGAUAGCACAUCGUCGAGACGUUCACAUUCAUUUGGGUUCUUUAGCUAUCAGAAUUCUACAUCGACAGAUACUCCUCCAAACCAAGGGAGUUUAGAAGAAGAUGACGAUGAUGAUUUAUACCACAGUAACAAUAAUCUUUUGAAUGAAGUUGAUAUAGAUAACGAAUCAACUGAUUGGGUUCCAAAUUAUGAAGCUGCUAAUCACGAUAGGUUAUUGCUUGAGAAUGAUCAUGUUAGUACCGGUACUAAUAUUCAUCCAGGUAGAAACGCUAACUCAAGUGCCUGUGGGUCUCAGCAAGAUAAUUCAUCGUAA